AUUUACAUUAAAAUUAAUAUUAGGGAGACGUUUUGGAAGAUAGUGAAACGGAGAUCAACAGAGAAGUACGAGUGUUUGCCAUACAUUUGCACGUUGAUGGGUUCGUCGCUAUGGACAUAUUACGGAAUAGUGACACCUGGUGAAUACUUGGUCUCCACGGUCAAUGGCUUUGGUGUUCUUGCUGAAUCCAUCUACGUUCUCAUUUUCCUCUUCUUUGUCCCGAAACCUAAAUUUUUGAAAACAGUUGCACUGGUUCUUGCGCUGAACGUGAUUUUCCCAGUUAUAACAAUUGUGGGAACAAGAACUGCAUUCGGAUAUGCAAAAACACGUUCUAAUUCAAUGGGUUUCAUUUGUGCUGCUCUCAACAUUAUCAUGUAUGGUUCUCCCCUUUCCGCCAUUAAAACUGUUGUGACGACGAGAAGUGUGAAGUACAUGCCAUUUUUGCUGUCGUUUUUCCUCUUCUUGAACGGCGCGAUUUGGGCUGUCUACGCUUUACUCCUGCAUGAUGUUUUCCUACUAGUGCCAAAUGGAAUGGGAUUUGUGCUUGGGACAAUUCAACUCCUAAUCUAUGCGUUUUACAGAAAUGCCAAACCUAACAUAGUAGAUGAAGAGGAAGCCCUCGCACCAAGCCAACCUCUCCUCUCAUAG